AAAGGUUCAUGUUAUUUCACAGGAGAGACUGUGGUUGAAGGAAGUCAGUUUCCCAAAGGUUAUCAAGAUAUUACUGAUAUUACUAAAGAUGGCCUGGAAGAAGAACAGACUAAUAGAAAGCUUUGGGUCACUCCUCUUAGUGAUUGUACUUCUGCCAGGUGCAUUAAUGAAUGUCAUCCUAACUGUGAACAACAACCCUGAAAACUUUGUCCUACCCGCCACAGUUAACUCUUCAAAGUCUCUGAUAUGUGCAGUUCAGAAUCACAGUCAAGGGGAAGAGUUACUCUGGUACCGGGAAAAUGGGAGAGUAGACCUGAGAGAUGGAAACAAAAUCAACUCUAGUGCCAUCUGUAUCUCCAUCAGUGAGGAUGACAAUGGGGUCACCUUCACCUGCAAGUUGCAACGGGACCAAUCCAUGAGCAUCUCUGUGAUUCUGAAUGUCACUUAUGGUCCUACUCUGAGUGGGAAAGAUGUCCAAACAGCCGAGGAAGGAAGCAAUGUGAAAUUAGACUGUAAUGUGAAGUCCAACCCCUCGGCUGAAAUGACGUGGUACAAAAACAGCGAUGCCCUGAAUCUGGAGAAAAACCAUCACCAGAUAUAUCAGACAAGUGAGCUGUUCCAGCUGUCCAUCUCCAAAGUCCAGAAAUCUGACAAUGGGACAUAUAGCUGCCAAGCAAAAUAUCUUGAGCAAACGAGAACCAAGGAUUUCCACUUGAUCAUUGAAGAUAAAAAAUUUACAGUUCCCAUUGAACCCAUUAUUGCUGCAUCUGUGGUGGUCUUCCUCACCAUAAUGUUUGGAGUGAUUGCAAGAAGACAAAAGCUAAUGAAGCUCUGCAUUAAAGACCAGAGACCUCAAAGCGAAACCCCUCUGUAAAGAAUCGAGCUGCCUGUCUAAAAUGAGAAGAGGGCAGUACCAGGGCCUCCCUGGGUGUGGAAUCUCUUGUGUAUUCCUUGCUUUUAUUAAAAUGUGCUCUCUUUGGAUGGUCAGUGAUAAUUGAAAAGGUGUUGUGUUAAUUAUUUAAUGCCAAUCCAUUUCUUUUGGCAAAUCUGAGGUGCCAGGAGAAGGAUUCCAAGGAAACUAGGAAAUCUUAGAAUUUGGACAAUACUUCUCAGGGAUUAAUGUGGCAAUAAGCCUUCAGGAAAUCCCAUUUCCCACCUCUGCACCUUUGCAUAAGUAUCUGGAAUGUAUAUCCCCUUCAUCCCCUUUUCCUAGAAUCCCUGACUCCCUUCAAAGCAGAGCUUAGGGGUCUUUCCUAAUCUCCCCAAUUAUCAGCACCCAAUUAAUCUGUAUAUGCUUUGUAUUUAUUUAUCUGGAUACAAUUAUGUCCCUCCCUGUCCCCUACUCCUACCCUUGGAAUAUUAAGUCCUUGAAGGCAGGGAAUGUUUUAGUUUUUUUAGUCUUUGCAUCCUCAAUUCCUACCAUUGGGAACUUAAUAAAGAUUA